AUGUCACAACGAUUAUUUGCGAUCCCAUUCUCAUCGCACUUGUUAUACUGCACUUGUCUAGUACCUAAGUACGGUCAAACUGUUCCUUUCCCACCAGUUACCGCAGCACCUGCUUCGAGGGCAGCAGGCCGGCAGCAGCAAAGACGGAGAGACGUCAAGAGACACGUUGCCAAGUACUCGCCGCAGCUCGGGCCGGUACUUGAUUCUAUCCUGGAGCUACAGAUACCCGCCCUGUACCUGGUCGUCUAUGCUCGUUCCCCAGUCGAGCUUACGCCAAUCAUCUCGGCCCUUGCUGAUCUGCUGUCCACCGACCGCCUCAACUUGGGAUGCCUCUUACAGCCUACGCACACCAUCUCAUUUGAACGCCUACGACGGUCCCAUAUGCACCUUGCCGAAGCUAUCUGA